AGUCGUGUGCGAAUCGUCGCAAUGGAUAUUCGUGUUAGUGAUUCCCCACGCUUAUAGCUAAUUCAUUACGGUGCACGUGUUCAAAUAAACACGAUGAGACACAAGUAGAAUAACAAAGUGUAAUAAAGUACCUAUCUGUGAUAUAACCAAACCAUCAGGGACGCGGGCGUCCUCGACUUUCACCAAGUAUCGCGAUUUCUAAAGAAAGCUCCUCUCGAAAAUGGAUAAUAAUAAGGAAUAUCUGGGGAAAACAGAAGAUUUCAAGGCGGAGUAUGAGGUGUCAAGGAAGGAACCCUUCUGGGUGUUCGGUUACGGUUCCUUAUGCUGGAACCCUGGAUUCGAAUACAAACAGGCUGUAACAGGAUACGUAAAGGGUUUCUCCAGAAGAUUCUGGCAAGGGAACACCACACACAGAGGCACUGAAACUAAGCCUGGACGAGUUGCGACACUUAUUGAGGACAAAGAAGGCAUCACUUGGGGUCGAGCAUUCCUAGUAGCAGCAGAAGACAAAGCUGCCCUACCUUACCUCUCGACAAGAGAAUGCCAACUGGGAGGUUACAGAACAUAUACGGUCAACUUCCACCCGCGUCCCUCAUUCUUCCAAACCAGCUCUUAUCACAACAGCAUCAGUAUACCAGACAGAAAAAACGCCCUAUUGUACAUCGCCGUGCCCGGCAACAGGCAUUGGUUGGGCGCUGCACCGUUGCCAGAUAUAGCUAAGCAAAUUCUAGAAUGUCGAGGUCCGUCUGGACCGAACGUAGAAUACCUUUUGAAACUAGCCGAUUUUAUGAGGGAUGAAAUCCCAGAAGCGUUAGACGAACACUUGUUUUCUUUAGAGAGGCUUGUUAGAAAAUUUGCGGCAGAUAUGAAGGUGUGCUUGAAAAGUCUCACCGGAGAUACUUCAGAGGAAACUAGAAGGGAAGAGAGGCAAGAGCCUAAGGCGGUCGUGCCUAGCUUCCAGUUCGCCUCGAGAGUGCCGGAGAAGAAGUUGCGUUGCGUGAAUAUGUGAUAACAGAGUUUUUUGCAGUUAAGGCUUACUUCCAUUUUAUACUGAGAUGACAUGUGACAAACAGAUGAUGCUGAACAAAUUCCUACUUACUUAUUAUCUACCGGAGUAUUGACUGAAUAUUAUAUAGGGUGGCGAUUCACCUGCUAUGUAGUAUUUGAAUGAGUGAAUCUGAAUCAAUGUGCCGAACCUUUCGCACCGUAAACAGCAUAUUUUUUUUGUAAUAUUAAUGCAUAUUGUGUCCACUCGUUAUAAAAGGGUGCAGACUGUUGGCAAAAUUUGUGACUUCGCGUUCAUAAAAUAUAACUGUAAAAUAAAGAUGUCCAUUGACUUCUUAAAAUAUUGUGGGUGAUUAUCCAUUCUGUAUUGGUAUAGAGAUUGUGUUUUAUGCCAAAGAAACCGACCGAGAAUAUAAAUAUAAAUUGCUUGACAACAAUUCGAUACAUGUCUCUAAGAAAUCUCUAUAUCUUUAUUUAAUAAGUGAUUCAACGAAUCAUUUUAAUAAUAUGUGAAGUAAAAAAUUCCGACUUCUUUUUAAGUAGAAUUGCAUUCUAUUUGAAUUGUGACAUAGAAAAAAAUCUGUAAACUUAUCUUCUCCACACGGAGAAGAAAUUCAGAAAGGUAUUUAUUUUAUUUCCUCUUUCUCUAAUUACAAUUUCGUCUUUGACAAUAAAAUUAAUAAAUAAAUGAUAUAAUUUCGACAAACUGGCGAUCUAUAGUUAUCUUAUUAUAUCCGACUCAUUGCUCCGUCUCAUAGAUAACGCAUAUACCGUCUGAACAAUUUUCUUAAAAAGGAGAAUAUAGUUUUGGUCUCACGUAUCAAUGUAAUGUAGUUUGACUGAAACAUGAAGUGACAGAUCAAGUUCACGACUUUUAUGUAUUCUAAUUAUCUGGAAAGUAUAUAUUUUACAUGACUGGAUAUGUGUAUUUAAAAUGUCGGAUAUUGUCGGAAAUGCUUCAUUUUUUAUUGAGAAAGUUAGUUGCUUUGUUUUUUAAAUAUAUAGGUACUAUUGUUUUGAUUUCAUAAUACACUAUAAAUCUAUUUAUUUCUUUGUUAAUAAUAAAAUAGAGUAAGAAUAAUAAAGUUUUCUAACGGCAUUUUGCAAUGGCAGACAGCUAGACACAUAAAAAAUUUCACC